AUGAUUGUUGAUCACAGAGCAGACAAUCAACUCAGGAGUAUUAGGGACAGACAAGAUAAUCAAAAGUUAAUCUUGGCAAGGUUACUGGGUAUUCGAGAGCAGUCGAGAAUACUCUAUGAGAGCUUAGCGGAUAUGCCCUCUUGUGAGUGCCAUCGUAUGGGAUUUCAACUUCUGAUGGAGAAUAGUGGGAAAUCAAGAAGCGCUGGUGUUCCGGCUGUCUUACAGAACCUAAGGUUCUCCUUAAUUGUUAUUAAUACAAUAGAGGAAGAUUCUAGUACUCUGCUUUCAAGAAAGUGUACAGGUACACGAUUAGUUGUUACUUCUGAACUCGAACCUAAUGGAAGUGAUGAAGUUAUCAAGCAAUUGAAGAACUUGAUGGCUGUCAAGCCUCGGCAAGAUGAUAGGCAACCACAAAAGCGGAUAUGGUUUCCUGAUGAUCAAGUGAUUGAUACCUCAUCGGAUUGGGCUCUUGUUACCAUUCCAGAUGGUAUUAGUUCAAGUGAGACAACGGUACUAGAUUUGCUGCCAGGUGUAAAGACAGGGCAAUCAAAGGCUACUUCUGGUAAUGGGGACUCACAACUAGAGGUAUCAGGAUCAAAAUCGGAGUCAAGAUCUGAGGCAGGAUUUGAGUCUAGAUUUGAAUCUGAGUCCCAAUUGAGGUCAGAACGCCAGUCUGGAUCUGAGUCAGAGUCAGAAUCCGGGUCGGCAUCAGAGUUAGCUGAGGAAGCAGAUGAUAAUUCACAACAGUCAAUAUUAUCAUCUGAUAUUCCAGUUGUUAACAGUCUAUGCUCUCUGGUAGAAAAUCUUGCUGAAGAAGAUCUGAUAGACCGUUGUAUUGGACAAGUCAGAAGCAUUGACACAACCUACCGCCGUUACUUGAUAUAUCAAAUUCCGCCAAAGCCGUUACAGACUGUGUGCAAGUCUUUGGAAACCAUUCUUGAGGAAGGUGGUAUCUUCACUGAUGACCGACUACGUAUUAGUACUAUUCUCUCAAAGUCCCUUCUACAACUUGGCUCCUAUCCAAGAUCAUUUUUUCCAGAGCAUUGGAGAGGCUGUGAUAUAUUCUUUUCCCCGGAAUCGGAGAAUCAGGACGUUUUCAGCAAACCUUAUAUUAUAACCUCUAAGUUUGUGAAAGAUGCAGGGCACAAGCACACAAUCUCACAUAAAAUCGAAACCGCUCUUUUGGCUAGCAAUCACCCUUCUGGAGAUUGGGAUGGGAAAGCCACUUUGGAAGAUUGUUAAGACGAUUAGGUAUGACAGUAGGUCCGAAGUAAAAAGGCAAUCUAUGAGGGCAAAUGUUGGUAUGUAUGGUGAGGUGACAGAUAUGACAACUAUCUUGGAUUCCGGAGUCCUGGAAAAGGAAAUGGGAUUUGAGUUUUUCCAAGUUGUGAAGAGAUGCUUUUCCUGUGAUUUUCAAAUCCGCGAGUAUGACUUUUCCAAAAGAGAGUUACAGGAAGCAUUCUACUACAAUGUGGUAGUUCCACUAGAGCUUUGUUUGACAAGGCAUUUAAAGGGGAACCUUUUGUAGAGGGAGACUCAGAUAAUUUCUAUACUUUAAAGUCACUCGUCUGGAGUAUAUUUUUUUUACGGUGGUCUUCUUUGUAUUUGCAGUUAUCAGAUUUUCUCAUAUCAUACCUCCUAAACAGGUUGCUCUUAUCUGUGAUUGGUUUACGAUACUGCUUUCUGUAUAGCAGACGAUUGCUAUUUUCUUUUCCUUUUCCUUUUUUUUGCGGGGCCCACUGGUCAGGAAUUCUUUUCUUUAUAGAAAUAAUUUCUCAUCGUUCGAAGUGGUAGUAUUAUUUCUUUCCAACUCACUACCCAAUGCAGUGGAAUCUUUUUUUUUCUUCCCCGGACUAUAUCUUUUCUCCCAGAGUGGCUUUGUUGGCGCUAGUACGAUACCUCUCUUCUCUCCUAGAUCAGUUUGGUGAGGAAUUUUCUCUAAUUGCUCCUUUUUUCGUUUGGAUAGUACUAGUAGUAAAACUGAACUUCAAUUGUUUGUAAAGGAAAUAGAAACGGCUGAAAGUUGAGCAUCUGAACUUGAAUUUUUUCUUGAAUGUGAAAAGGAAUCAGAAUGGACGUAAUUGGGAAUGCAAGAGUGUGUUGGUACUACUUGAGUAUUGUACUAUGAUAUACGUUAUGGACCUUCCGAAUCAUAUAGAGCAGGUUUUCCGGUUUUUAGAGUAUUUAAAUUUUUGAUUUCAAUCCAGAGCAGGCAUAUUAACAUUACUGAUGCAGAGGAUGUGGGUUUUCUGACUGCGGAAGUGGUUUUUCCAGAUUUUACCUUGUCAAAUUUUCUGUUCGGCAGCGGCUUGGCAUGUGGAAAUUUUCACAUACUCGUACCGGUAUAAGCCCUGCUCUAUCUUCUCCAGAGGUCAUCGUGCAUCGACAAGACAAACACAGGACAGCAGGAAAUUGGGUGACAUUUCUAUUCCAUCUCAACGGGGUCACAGAGCCAGUCAAAGUCUGCAAGCGCAAGCCUGGCCGAGCGCACAAUCUGGGAAAGGAAGUCCUUUAUUACCUUCCAUACCGUCAGCAGCUCAAGUGCGGCAAUAGCCUAAAGUAACUGGCAUAUUUCUUUCCAACCGCUCCUGCGCUACUACAAAUCCUUUCAUUUUUUUGUUCGUUGUCCUUCUACAAGUGCCAUACGCUUGUACUUCGACAGCCUCUGCCUCCCCUUUCAGAAGUGGAUUCAACCUUUGCCGACCCCCUGGUACAAGCUUUGGAAGUGCAUUCUCAACCGGUCAUCCUGCGAUCUAGGACAACGGGUCCGGCUUUAGUGGAAAGAACUUCAGAGUUCGCAGAGAUUCGCACGGGGCAGCGACAACGUACCCUGACCAUCGAGGCCCGGGGCCGUGGGGUCUGACUAUAUAUCUCUUUAAGUUUACCCUUGUUCCCGGAGUCUCCCCGGCAGCUCUUAUAAAAAAAGAUAUUACUACUUAUCCUCUCGUCCUAACCGCACUGCUAUACAUGGUCACAACUUGGAAACUCUAUCUACGGCCUAGCCCUUCCACCUCCCUGCCCGCCUUGUCGCCCUCAAAACCCUUUGUUCUAGCUUCUACUAGUUACUUAUUUCUUGUCCAUUUGCAGUUUAAUCUUGAUUGCUGAGGCCCUGCGUCCAGAACUCAUUAUUAAAUUGGGUUAUUCGAUCUGAGCCCCCGCAGCCAGUGAGGAUAAUCUGUCUGUGUAAUGGAUUUGGGUGCGAGUAAUUGUACAACUCGAAUAAAAGGUGGUGGAAGGAUGCAGCAGGAGAUGGCCACGAUUGCGGGCCCGCAAGCUUUGGAGGAGUCUCCCUUUAUGCCUACUUCAAGUGGACUCACUGUGGAAGCUUUUUUUUGGAAUGAAUCGAAAGGCAGAACAUAUCCAGCAAUGUAAGGCUAUUGACGAAUUGGUU